AUUGGAGUGGUAAUUAAUGUCUAUUUUUUGCGCGUGUUCUGUCUCUCCUAUAUUACUUGUAAGCAAAUCCUUAACUCAAAACCCUGGCUUUAAUCUCGUCAUUGACCGUUCUGUGAUCUUCUGCUGACAUUAUCAAGUUGCUCUUUUUCCACACAAGUAAAGGAGUUGGUGAACAUUUUUGAAGCUAAAUACUAACAGAAAUGCUGGAAAAUGCUGCCAUAGAUUCACCAGCCACCCCCAACAUUGCUACCUUUAAACGUUAUGCCCCUCCCAAUCACCGGAAUCGUUCACUUGGUAGACGAAAAUCCGGAGGAGACCGACUAGAACGAGUCAACAGCAAUAGUAAUGAUGGAGAGAAGAAUCAAAUUAGUGCCUCUAGGUCAACAUCUUCUGACGAUGCUAUUGGCAGAUAUCAAGUAAAUGAGAAUCAUCGGACAGGGUUAAUACCGCUAGAAGGAUGUUCUAGCAGUGAUGCUUUUCAGCUUCUAAAUAACCGUUGGAUGGCUGCUUUGGGUGCUUACAAUAAUUUACCAUAUGAUUCUUCUGAAAGGCCAGUUAUGUACACAAAAAGAUCACCCUGGGGGCAAUCUAUGCUUCCGCACCAGUUAACGUCACAAGCUGGAGCUGUAUCUUCUCCUGGACCACAGAAGGACUUUUUAAGCGAGCUUCGUCUUGCAAUGCAUGGUGCAAGUGUUAGUCCCGACGCCUAAUUAUUACCUUCAAGUGCCAAAACUUUUCCAAAAUUAGGCAGUUUCAAAGCGUUUGCGAUGUAACGUUAAGAUGCUUCUUGUAAGUUAUUAUCAUUAUCACCCUGAUAAACUGCUUGCUUAAGAAGACAGCAUCUGAUUGCACCAUGACCAUUGGAAAUUUUGCACUCUUCCUUGUGUGUGUGUGUUUGUUGCAUUCAAAUGAUGGCCAGGAUAACCCCUCCUCCUUUGCAGUGUAACUUUUUAAUGUGACACUGAGUAUUGCCUUAAUGCUGUAUGUUUGAUGAGAUGCUACAAUUUAUAAGCCUCAGUU